AUGACGAAGCUCCAAAGGCUCAUGUCUUACGAGGAGAACUGGCAGAAGAGAUCAUCAGCAGCAGCAACAGCGGCAGCAGUAGUGAGCCUUUCGAAAGUCGACUCUCACCUCGAGUCGAUCCUUGCUGCCACCGCCACGACCAACAGUGACCUGGUGACUAGAAGCCCGAAAGGGACAGGUACCAGCACGUCCUGGUCCAGGUCGCCAAAAACCGAGUCCGAGAUCGUGGUCCGGAUAGAAGGCAUGGAUCUCGACGAGGUCUCCUCGGACGCUGGCGCUUCGACACCGCCGAAGCCAGUCCCGGCCACCCAACUCGGCCAGCCAUCGUUGAAUGAUGCCGUUGACAGCCAGAGUCAGCAUACCGCUGCCGGCGAUUGGGACCUCGCGACCAAGGCUUCCGCUUCACUGGAGUCGUCUACUCGAUCAGAGCCGUCGUUGCUCACCUCGCCCCCUUCGACGAUACCGCCGUCAAGCAAGGCCACCACCCCGAUAGAUACCACAGCCGCCGAAGAGUCGCAUGUGCAAGUGCCUGCUCGGCCAGAACCUACAAUCAAGAUUGAAAGUACGCACGAGAAGGUCCCGGACCUGCCAACGCCAGUCAGCCCUGCACGAAAAUGCCGAAGGCAGACUUUUGAUGUGCGACCUAAAAUAUCGAUCCCAAACGAACUCCCCUCGUACGAAUAUGCAAACCAAUGCAUCGCCGCUGCGGAGGCGUCGCGGCUGAACCCGUAUGCCCUGCAUCAGGAAGAGUACUCGAUGCUCCGGGACCACAUCAGCCACAGCCAGGUGACCACAUAUCUGAAUAUCCGGAACGGGAUCCUCAGACUAUGGCUCCACAAUCCACGCCUGGGCGUAGCUCGAGACGAGGCCGUAGGCUGUGCAAAGGACACGAGAUGGUUCGAUGUCGCCAAUGUAUGCUACGACUGGCUCGUGCGUAAUGGGUUUAUCAAUUUCGGGUGCACAGAAGUGCCUACUUAUCCCAGAAAGCGGCCCGCCCGAGGCAAAAGCCACAAGAAGGGAAAGACGAUCGUCGUGAUUGGUGCGGGCAUGUCGGGGCUUGGGUGCGCACGCCAGCUCGACAGCCUGUUCAAGCAGUACUCCCGAGAGUUUAAUGACCUGGGCGAGGAAGUGCCACAUGUUGUCGUGCUGGAAGGUCGCAACCGCGUAGGUGGUCGGGUCUACUCGAGGGCCAUCGAUGGCAGCCAGUGCCAACGACCAGUCCACUUCAAGGGCCGGCGGCACAGCGUGGAGUGUGGCGGCAUGAUCAUUACAGGAUUCGAUCGCGGCAAUCCCCUGAACGUGUUGGUCCGCGGGCAGAUGGGCUUGCCCUACUAUGCACUCCGACCCGAGACGACGCUGUACGACUCGAACGGCAAGGCCGUUGACGAGGCGCGGGACCGGCUGGUGGAGAAGUUGUACAACGACUGUCUCGAGCGCGUUAGCGAAUACAAGUUCAAGAUACCACCCGCGAAGCUCAUCGAAGGUGCCCGAGAGCUUAUAGACGAAGGCCGGGAUGGCUCCUCGGAUAAUCGAAUGACCAUAGCACAAGCGGAAGAGGCUACCGCCGCGCUACCCCAGGCAACGCCGGUGUCCAAGCAGAGUCUGGCACCACAAGUCAGUCUCGUACCUGUCGCGACUGAUCGCGCUACAGGAAGAGCUCAUGUUGAGCCUGGCACUCCUGCCACGUUCAAGGCUGCACACAAGGCACGGCUGCUGGGCUGGGCACUCAAAGAAGGGGUCACCGAGGACGAUGACCUUGAGCUCGACGGUGCUGUGCACUCAGGCAGCGCGACUCUUGGUUCCAUUGUGGAUCUCGCGAUAUCGCAGUACAAAAACUUGGUCGACCUGAAUCCGCUGGAUUUCCGGCUCAUGAAUUGGCAUGUUGCCAACUUGGAGUAUAGCAAUGCGACGAAUUAUAAUCAACUCAGUAUAGGUGGUUGGGACAUCGAUGCUGGCUAUGAAUGGGAGGGCAAGCAUACCAUGGUUGUCGGCGGCUAUCAAAGCGUGCCGUGGGGAUUGGGGAACGCACCAUCACGUCUCGACAUCAGGAAAAACGCCGAGGUCAAGACCAUCACAUAUGACCCAGAAGGGUCCGGCCGGGCGAAAGUCGAGUGCGCCGACGGGUCAACUGUUGAUGCGGACUACGUCGUGUCCACUGUACCCCUCGGCGUGCUCAAGCACGGCAAUGUCGAGUUCAAUCCUCCACUGCCGUCGUGGAAGACUGGCCCUGUUGGCCGCCUGGGCUUCGGAAUUCUCAACAAAGUCAUCCUGGUGUUCAAAGAAUCGUUUUGGGACAGCAGCAGAGACAUAUUCGGCAUCCUACGAGAGCCACUGUCCCGGCACAGCGUUGAGCAGUCCGACUACGCCUCGCAGCGAGGACGCUGUUUCCAGUGGUUCGAUGUGUCUCAUACCUCUGGUGUCCCUGUCCUUCUGGCUCUCAUGGCUGGGGAUGCGGGCUUCGACACGGAGCACUCAUCAAACGACGACCUGGUUGCGGAAGCCACGCAAGUCCUACGCGGUGUAUUUGGCGCCAAGGUCCCCAAUCCGAUACAGUCUGUUGUGACACGAUGGGGCUCGGACAAAUUCGCGAGAGGAUCAUACUCGUCUGCCGGGCCUACGAUGCAGCCGGAAGAUUACAAACUCAUGGCUAGACCAGUCGGCAAUUUGUUCUUCGCGGGCGAGCACACGACCGACACACAUCCGGCGACUGUUCACGGAGCAUACCUGUCCGGCCUGCGCGCCGCUUCAGAGGUCAUCACCGCCCUCCUGGGGCCCAUCUCAAUUCCGACACCACUCAUCAUCCCGCGAGAGAGCACCGCCCUCGCUCCGGCAGUAGAGUCGCUCAAGCGCAAGGCUGACUCUGACUUGAACCUUUCAGCUACGUCCUCAUCCUCGGCAUCCCCGCUAUCAUCUUCUCGCGCCACCAAACAAGCCCGCAUCGACGCCCACGAGCUCGCAGCAUGGGAGCACAUCCGGCCGCAGAUUGGCGAACGACCGUGGCCCCCCCAGAAAGUCGCGGGCAAUGCAUACCUGCUGUACAGCAAGCAGAACUUUGAGGCCGCACGGCAGCGGUGCAUCGACGAGGGCCUCGCGCGGCGACAGCGCAGCGGCAAGAAAGGUGGCAACAGCAACAACAGCUACAAGCCCAGCCCCAACGACGUGCGCGUCAUGACGAGCAGGAUGUGGAAGGAGACGCAGCCCGAGACGCGCAAGCCGUUCGAGGACGAGGCCGCGGAGCUCAAGGCCGCGCACCUCGAGUCCCGCCGCAAGUGGGAGGAGGAGUGCAAGGAGUGGGACACGCGAUACCUCGAGAUCCGGGCCGCGUGGGACGAGGAGAACAAGCUGUCCUUUGACGAUGGGGUCGAGGUUAUGGAAAAGGAUCAAGGUGUCGGCUCUGGUCCUGGCAGUGCUGCUACUGCUGGCCGUGGUGGUGAUCGUGAUGGUCGACGAGAAGCAAUGCGCCACACGACGCCAACGAAAGGGAGGAGGGCGGCGCGCGGCAAAGUCAGCUCAUACACGGAGAGUGAGGAUGAUGGUGCGGCAGAGGACUUUAGUGUAUAG